CCUGGCGCUACGUCGUGAAACGUGUAAGCACGAUACAUUUUCUUCAUUUUACUUUCGUACCUGGCCCAAUUCAUUCAAAUAAUUUAAAUGCUUGACUCGUUCCAAAUCCAUACUCAUGGCGAAUGAUGGUUAUAAGGGUGAGUGUUGAACCCAACAUAAAAGAAGCGUGUGUGCUCUGUUUCGACAUUUUAAUAUUGGUGCCUUUAUGAAUUUCAUCUUAUAAAGCUUCUUAAAAGGAAACACCUGUUCAUUAAAUCUUUUAUUUUCCAUUUCCAGAGAGCAUCAAGGAGAAUCGAUCAUUUCAAUGAAGCAUCAAACAGCAAGAAUCUACUAACUUUUUCCUAUUUGUCCAGGAUUCUCCACACUUCAUCUUAGCUUACAUAGAAUUGAUUUGAUUCAAAGAAUUGUUAAAUGUCGACUGCUUUUUCUUUCUUUCUUUUUAUAACUUUAUUGACUUGCCUUUUCGGUCUCACUUUAGGAAACACUGAAAUUAUUAAUUUUAAAUCAAUACAUGUGUACGACAGGAAUGGAAGUUGUCAACUUAGGAUUCCAGAUACAGUGUCGCAAUCAUUAAUAUUACAACCAUAUCCUAUAGACCCCGAAAAAGGCAUUUCCGAAUCUGCGUCCAGAGUUGCAUUGCAUGCCUGCGGCUUAAAAGAGAAUACCUGGUAUCAGCUGAGAGCCUCUUGGCCAGCGGUAUAUCCUUCUGAAAUAGACCUUGCUUGGAAUGGUACCCAUGCACUUGUGCGUCUUUACGCUUCAUUCUAUUCUGUCGAUGAUUCUCUCAUGAAUCAUCCACCUCCUGUUCCGAUCCAAAUUGAUCUGGAGCCAUUAACAUUGGGAUUUUUACCCAGCAGUCUUAAACCCAUCGUUGCUGUAAUAGCAGUAAUAAUUAUCUCUAGCAUCCCUUUUGCUUUUUUAAUUUUACGAAAACAGAAGCUGGAUUAAUAUACAUGCUCGAUUUUAACAUCAGCUUACAUCUUCCUCAAAACUAUACCUAUAACACCUAAACGAAUUUUCAAAGUCUAUUAAUUCUAAAAGUUCUAAAAACAUUAUGUCUAAAUUAUUAUGAUUACUUCCUUUCCAUAGCACAACAAAAAAAUAAAAACAAAUGAGAACCAGACAAACAAAAAUUGUCAGUCUCCCGGCAUGACCGAAC